AUGGGUAAGUACAACGACAUCACCAAACCUGCUCCGCCUUUACCAAGCCCCAACUUGAGGGAGCUAGAACCCGGCGUCUCGCUCCUAUGGCCUCUGAGUCGCAGGGGGUAUGGACCUGGGCUCAUUGUUCUCACAACGGACACCGAUGACCCACUGGCCAUCAAGGACGGGGUCCCCUCACAUCUGGUCAAGUGGGCCGAGGAGGGAUACGCGGUUGUGGGGAUAGAGGAGAGGGCGUUUUCGUCUUCUCGCGCCUCGAUGCUACUCGCGCUCGCGGUUGAUGCUUUGGCACACUGUGAGAAAUGCGACCCAAAGGGCACAAUCGGCCUCGUUGCCUACAUCCCAACGCUCUGGAACAAGAUAGCACCCGCCGUGGCAAAUGCACCAGAGGUUGUGGCUGCGAUCACAUACGCCAACGCUUCAGAUGUAUCCGCCGGCCUGGCAUGGGCUGGCGAGGUACCACUGUUGCAACAAAUCACGGGCACCGAUGGCCCGAGAGACUCUAAGAAGCAAGCUGAUGAUAGCCCACGACCUUACUACUACCCUGACAUCAAGUCGUAUGAAUUUGCGACCCCGUUUUCCCCUUCGUUCCAUUACAAUAGGGAAGCACUCUCCCAUACCCGGAACCUGACUUUCCUCAAGCCUCUCAUGGGAGGGCCGUAUUUCGACCUAGAGACCAUCUGGGACGAACACACCUAUUAUGAAUUUACGGACCGCUCGGUUGAGCACACCAUGAGCACCAUGGUCCAAGAGCCUUAUGUGAACCACGUACCGACGAUGACGGGAGGAAUCGGACGCACGGCUCUGACCUCAUUCUACCGUAACAACUUCAUCUUCAACAACUCCCUCGACACCGACCAGGAGCUUCUGAGUCGGACGAUUGGCAUAGAUAGGAUCGUCGAUGAGUUUCUGUUCAAGUUCACCCACGACAAGGAACUGGAUUGGUUUCUGCCUGGUGUCCCUCCGACGUUCAAGAGAGCAGAAGUGCCGUUCCAUGCCGUCGUGAACAUCCGAGGCGACAGGUUGUACCAUGAGCACAUCAACUGGGAUCAAGGCACGGCCCUGAGACAACUAGGUCUCAUGCCGGAGUACUUGCCGUACCCGUACCCGCUCGCAGAGGCAAACGGGAGUACCCCAGCAAGUGGGAAGCAGUUCGAGUACAAGGUCCCUGUGGGAGGGUUGGAGAUCGCCGAGAAGAUGAGAGAGAGAAACUCGGUCCCGUCGAAUGAGAUGAUGAAGUAUCAGGUGAGGGAAGCAUAG